GCGGACGCGAGUAACGGACCUGGCGUCGCGCGGCGGCAGUUUCGCGCGCGGGGAGGAGGCGCCGCCUGGACCACGCGCGGGGAAGUGAAGCGCUGGCGCCAUUUUCGGGGACGGCGCACGCAACGGAGUUCAGUACCAGACACGAUGAAAGAGAAUUGUAGUUUUCAAUCUUUGUUCUUCAUUAGUUUACCUGAUCUUCGAAGCUUGUGUGGUACAACUGUGGUUUUAAACUGUGAUGAUGCUGAUGCAAAAACUUUGCAGACAAUAACAUGCAGGGAAUUGCUGUUUCAUUAUCCAGAUGUUCUUGCUGCUCCUGGAGAACAUAAAGAAGUUAUCAUAAUAAUGCCCAUACCAUUUUACAAAAUAGGAAAUAUUCAGGCAUUCGUUCAAAAACACGGAGGAAAGAUGGAUGUUCCACAAAGAGUGAUCCCUGCAGUCCUGCAAAUGUGCUUGUCCUUUACCUUGGUGGCAAGGCUUGCUCCUGACUGGAACAAAGCAGGACACUUACUUAUUCAUGGGAAGAACUUUUUGGGGAAAGAAGAAAAACAGAAUGCAGUUGUUUUGGAGCUGAAUGUUUCAGAGACCCAAUUGUGCGUUAGUGUGGAAGCUUCCACUAUUCGACUGACCCUGGCUAAGGUUGAAGAUUUUGACGUAUCAAUUGGAGUGCUAAAGAAUUUUUGCAGCAAGAGGAUUGCUGUAUUACCAAAACAUUUUAUUGGAAGUAAUUGGUGUUAUGUGUUGCCCAGUAUGAAGAAGGGGCAAAUUGUCAGCAUCAGCCAUGAGAUUCCACCAUACUGUCCUUUUCAAUCCUAUGGAGAUUUUCAGAAGCAUUGGACAAAUAUGUAUGGUUAUAAUCUCCCAGAGAUUAAAAGUGGCAGUGCUCUGUACUACACUGUAUACUUCAAAUUGAUUGGAGAGAAACUGUUUACCUACCCUUCUUGUUGUAUUAGAAGUGAACCUGUUCAGUUCUUCCCAAGGGUGGAUUUGGAAUCGGUUCUAACAUCCUUCUUUUCCGACUUUAAGAAAACCUUCCCUAGUCUCUGUGGAUCGCCAAUAAAAAUAACCAACAAACCUUACUAUACUACCAACGAGCUGAACGUUUCUCAGAUCGUUCAGUCAAGGCCUCCAAAUCUGACAACGAAGCCUGUCUUCAGUACUGCCUUAACACAGGUUCCAGCUGUUAAAAUUGCUACUAAUAAAACUACUUAUAUUUACUCAAUUGAUGGAAAUCAGAUGAGCACAAUCUUAGAUAACAAGCAGAUAAUAGACUCUACAGCAAGUUUGGAAGGAGAGCCCGUAGAUGCUGCUAGACUAUGUGGUAGUACAUUCAGAUCAACAGUAAAACCUGGAUUCGUUUUCCAUGAUCCACAAAGACAACCAAUCCAGGCUGCUAGGUUGAGCACCUUCCAUCAAAUGGAAAUGCAAUCUGGUUCCAGUAACCAUGCUUAUAGGUUUAUACCCAUAUUUAAACGCAAACUCAUUAAGCACGAUAAAGAGUUCAUAAGUUCACGAAUCCAUGAAAAUAAAACUAAGCAAAAUGAAAAUUCAAGGACAUUUUUAACUUUAAAUCCAUCAAACUCUAACAUAAAGGUAAAAACUCCAAAGAAUGUCCAAGAGCAGGAAUGCAGAAAUAAAGAAGAGGAUAUAUUUGAGGAAGCACAAAAGCAAAAGUCAAGUAUGUAUAUAAGUGUGGGAAAACCAAAUACCAAUCAGAUUCAGAAUUCAUAUUCAGAUACAGUGAAAAACGUGUGCAAGGAUACUCUGCUUCUUCAGUCAAACAUAAGACUACUAAAGCCUGGAGCCACACAACUUGGAAGUUUUCAAGAAAAAUGCAUGAGAAAUACACAAUUUAGAGACGAAAAUGCAAUUGGUAUUACAAGUUUUGAUGGAACAUGUACUAAAUGGAUUGACAACCCAAUGGAACAUCAACACAAACAAGUACUAGAUAUGUUUGAUACAAGGAAGCAAUUUAACCAUGAAAAGCAAACACAUUUUCACGAUCUCAGUUCAAAAUCUUUGACAGGAAGGAAUUUUUCAGAUAAAGGAACAGAAAAACGGAAAUGUGAAGAGAAGGCUACAGAUUCAAAACCAAAGAAACCCAAGGCCAAACCAGUUAUCCAGGAUGUUGAUGUGGAAAAGCAUGCAAAAAAUAAUCAGCUAUCUAAACUAAAUACUGUCACUCUCCACUCUUGGCUGAAAUGUCGUGGUGUUUCUGUGAAAACAAGGGACAAGAAAGAGCAGCUGGUUUCCAAAAUCAUGGAAUUUAUCAAAGGUCCACUGAAUUAAUUUGGGAAUAUUUGUUCAGUUGAUGCUCUGCACAAAGUGCAAUAGUGUAAGUUGUUAUGUUUGUUCCAUUCCUACAUUUAGCAUAUGCUACUUAUUGUUUUCUACUUAUAUCCUGUUGUCAUCUUACCUAUUCAGAAUUUGAUAAAAGUAAUUAUAUAAAUUAAUACACUUCAUAUAUAAAUUAAAUUAUUUGGCAGUAAUAGUGAUACAAAGCUAUUCAAUGACACUGUACCUAGCUAUAGUAACUAUUGUGCAAUUUAUUGGAAAUCAUUUUUUAAUCUUUGUUGUUAAAUUUUGUUAAUAUGAAUGGUGCCAAGCUAAUGAUAAUUCUCAUGGUAUAAUGUAUUUUUCAGUAAGUAUCAAACUCAUUGCGAUUGAUAGUGAUACACAUAUAAAUGGUCAUUAAUGUAAUUUUAUUUGCAUCUCCAAAUCUAUUUAAAUUAAAGAUUUUAAAUUAAAUGUUUUUCAUUUUCUGACUA